UCAGAACACUUAAUUUGGCCCAUCUGCACAUUUGAGUGCAAUACCAAACAAUUCAAAACGCUUGUUCUGGUCCGCAUCCAUCUGUGAGAUUCUUAGGUUGGAGCUGAGAUCUGUAGAUAUGAAAUUUGUAUUUCUGCUGGCUGUUUUGACUGGGGUGCUGGCGGCCCCAUUCGUGAGAGAAGAGGAAGCAAAGCGCUUCAUCCGUCUGAAAAGACAGUCGGGAUACUGGGACCCCCAUAACUCUCAGAACCAGUGGGGUUAUACCAUCCAGGAGCAGGCAAACGAGUACUGGACAGCUUUGCGAACAGAUGCGCAGUUCUACAUGGAUAUGGGUAACCUGAUGUUUGACCGCUCUGUGGCAGAUGAGAACAACAGGCUGUACAUGGAGAUGUUACGCAAUGCGAGAGCACACUUGGACAGCCAGACAGGAGGGCGUAAAGAGAAAACAUGAAGACAAAUGAAAGGAGGCUUCAGAU